AUGAGUAAAUCGGAAAAUGAAAAGGUCUCUGUGGAUCAGUAUGGUCGUAAGGUUUGGGAUGUGGAUGCAUAUGCCAAGCAGGCGAAUAAAAAGGUGCCGAUAAAAAAGAAACUUGGGCCAUUACUUGACUCGCAACAGUCAUAUCUUUCUCAUCGUGACAAUCUUCUUGAACAACUGGUCAAUGCAGUUCAACAACAUACUCUUCUUGGGUCUAGUGGUACGGUGGCUUCCAUUGCUGGAGCCGAUGUUUCUACUGGUGGUACCAGUGGAGGCCGUAAAAAGCUCUUUGGGUUUAAUUGUCCUGUUUGUGAGCUUUCAUUCCGUGAUACGAUGGCCUUGGUUGAUCAUUUCAAUUCACCACAACAUAUCUCUAGAGUGAAAGGAAGGUCUGAAGAACAAGAUCCGGAUAUUGGAGUGCAAAGUGCCACGUUGGAAGAAGUCAAGGCCAUGAUGGAGACUCUCGCUGAAAGAAUUGUACGAGCUUCUGAUGGUGGUUCCAAUAUGGAUACAUUUGCAGAGAGGGCAAAGAAACGUCAAGAAUUCGAAUUAAAACUUGAAAAUAAGAGAAGAGAAAAGAGAAUCCAAUACAAGCAAAGGAAAAGAGCAAAGCAGAAAAUUUUAGAGGUUGGAAGUGGAGGAGAUGAUAUUGAAGCGAUGUUGGGGAUUAGUGGAUUUGGUAGUACCAAGCGCUAG